AUGUUGGAUCGUAUGAUUUAUUUUGUCUCGUACGAUUUUUUCAACGAUUGGUUGAGCUAUCUAAGAAAAUACGCGGCUUAUAAAAGAUCGAAUUCACGCUCUACUUGUCGCAUCAAAAGUCCAAUCAUCCUUAAUGGCUCGAAUUCAUUUCUGAUCGUUGAAUCACGAUAUUUGAAUGUAUCGUCACAUACGCCCACCACUGCUGUCUCUCCCAUUGCUUCCUCUACUGUUAUUGAUGCUUCAGUUCCAUCCAAAGUCAUGGAACUUUAUGAGGGAAUAUUGCAAAGAGAUCGAUAUUACUUGGCAAAAGCGAUCACAUUAGUCGAAUCCUCACGAUCCGAUCACAAAAAACAAGCACAACAACUUCUCUCAUUGCUUCUCGACAAAAAAGUGCAUAAAGACUUUCCUUCCACGGGCUUGUACAAAAAAUGGGGUGCCGACUUGGGAAUUUUCGGAGACCUCAAGAAAAAAAUUACGUAUCGGAUUGGACUUUCUGGACCGCCAGGCGUUGGUAAAUCUACUUUUAUUGAAACGUUUGGUAUGCACGUGCUUUCGCAAGGGCAUCGUGUUGCCGUGCUUGCUGUUGAUCCGUCUUCAACACGAACUGGUGGUUCUAUAAUGGGUGAUAAAACAAGGAUGCCGCAACUUUCUCAUCAAGAAAAUGCGUAUGUUCGACCUUCACCUAGUCGUGGAACACUUGCCGCUGGAUACGACGUGACUCUAGUUGAGACAGUUGGCGUCGGACAAUCAGAGAUAAUGGUAUCAGAAAUGGUUGAUAUGUUCGUGUUGAUGGUUCCGCCAGCGGGUGGUGAUGAAAUUCAGGGACUCAAAAAAGGAAUAGUGGAAAUAGCCGAUCUCGUAAUAGUUAAUAAAGCUGAUG